AUGGACGACAUCCUCCAACCACAAAUAACGACCCAUCACACUUACUUUCCUUCACCCCUUCCUGGCGCACCUUCCUUCUCCGCUAAUCUUACCAGACUGAAAGAUACGUAUUUCCUCUGGCUAGGUUCUGGUCCUCCUUCCAGUGCGGCCAAUGGAAGCUUGGAGAAUGAGCAAGGGGAGGAGGGACAUAUGUCAGAGAAGAAGCUGGCGGGGGAAUGGGCUGUUGCCAUGCCGGCUAGAGGGUCCAUGCCAAUAACAUCUACCGCAUUAUAUCGUUCAACGGGCGAGUCAGAGCCUAUAGCUCAGCGAUUGGCACGUAAAUUCCCUGGGAACCAGAUUCAUGUAUCGCUCUCUUUAGCCCCUAGUGGUAGCCUACAGGAUCCCUUGGCCAGUAAGGCGUUGAUGUUGGUUGAGAAGAGGGUCGCGGAGUGGAUCUCGAAUUUAGGCAUAUGA